AUGAACCCACUACGUUCGAUUUCAAUAGUUCGCCGACAUAUCCUUCAUGCAAGCGAAAUCCUGUCCUCCUCUCCAAUCGCGAUCGAGAACUGUGUCGAUUUCUACUUCACCAACACGUACACCACAGCAUGGAUCCUGAGCCGCCGGAUUCUAACAGACUCCAUCUCGUCUCACCUUGCGACUGACGCCGGAUUGUACUGUUUCACGGUAUCGCUGUGUGCCUUCGUCAUGGUCCAGUCCGGUAUGAACCUCCCAGGAGCUCCAGGAAGCUACUACGGAGGUGAACCUCCAGAAAUCUGUUAUGGCUACGGCAAUAUACUUCUUGACGUUGCCAUUCGUGUUCGAAAGUCUAUCAAUUUAUAUCGACUCACCGACCUUAAGCUCCAUCCUACUGCCGCUCUGGUUCAAAUCAUGGAUAUGCGUGAAGAGGCAUCCUACCCAGUCGAAGACCCCGUUGAAAGCAUAGCUUAUGCUAUGGAACGGCAUCGACCGCUAAGUCUACAUCCGACGAUAGAACUGUCCACGCCCCAAGAAUCGCACGAAGAAGGCGUCAUAUCUGGAUUUCUACAUUUGGUCGACCUAUUCCGGUGCGCUGAUGAGGAAUUCAUGGCCCGUGGAAUAAAGCGAAAAGCAAGUGCUUGUCCACUUUUUGAUCGCAAUUUCGACAAACAGCGGACAGAUGCGUUACCGCCGGAACUCAAAACAACUGAAAGCCAAACAGCAGACAUUCAAAUCACGUUACAUUGGCUCAAAACCAUGGUCUGGCAACUAUCUAUCACGAAUGGAGGCCUGUCCUCCAGUUCUUCCGACUCAUCCGGGACGUUCAAGUAUCCGAUUGACGUGGCAAGAGACCUGAUCAAAGACGUUGAAAAGUUAUCACUAGAUUCUGUGGAAGUUCAUGGAAUCGGCUUAGUUGAGAAACUAUUCGACGUCGCUUGUACUCGGACGGAUGUGAUCUCAUGCGUCGCUUUGGAGCCAGUUUCAAACCCAGACACCGAAACGCCGUCAGACGGUCUGAACGAGUUCCUGAACCUUAAUUUCCCAGCCUCGCGGCGGCACAUCUCGCUACCUUCCAUUGCUGCUUGCCCAAGUUUCCGAAAGUCGACCAAGCAUGCCGCCGCGGGUAACCAUCUUCCCAUACCAACGCCCCGGAAGGGCGCACCGUUUCCCACAGUAAAGGGAAUGGGUGGUUUUGACGCCACAGGAAUAGCUUUAUCCACUUCGAAUACCGGUCCACAAACAUACGGCGGUCGGGGCUGGAUGUUCGACAUCUAUGGUCCGAGGAUCCCAGAGAGUGAGGUGAACAUCGCACCGCCAUAG